AUGGGAAACCAGUGUUGCACAAAGAGAUUUAAGCAAAAUUUUUUCGAUGCAAGCAAAGAUAUCUCAACAGAUUGCGAUGUUGACAUUGGGGAGAAAGGGAGUAACAGAGAAAAAGCAUUGCAUAUGAAGCUAAGCAUGAAAAACAGCUCAUUAUAUAAAAAACGAACGUCUAAACUUGGAUUAAAAAAACAAAAAACUGCAGCUUAG